CCCCCCGAUCCCACCACGUACGAGUACCUUUUUAGGAGCGCCACGUACGAUCGCCUCGCCACCCGCACGGCCGCACUCUCAUCACACGCGCUGCGCCUUCGCCACCGCGGCCGCGCCAGCGCCGCCACGCACGCGCGCGGGAGAGAGAGAGAGAGAGAGAGAGAGAGAGGGAGAGAGAGAGGCCACAGCAAGAGCCGCCGGUGGGCGGGAUAGGAAUGGUGGCGCCGGGAGGAGGAGCAGGAGGAGGUCCGUCGCGGUGGCCGGCGGCGGAGGAGCUUGACAUUGUACGGAAGAAGGUGGUGGACAUUAGUGGAAGGGAUGAACAAGAGGUUAGGGUUGCUGCUUGCCCCUACAGAAUUUGCCCUUUGGGGGCUCACAUUGAUCAUCAGGGUGGAGUUGUCACAGCUAUGACCAUAAAUUAUGGAGUACUCCUUGGUUUUGUUCCCUCUAAUGGUUCUGAGGUGUUACUUCAAUCUGGUCAAUUUGAAGGUGUUAUAAGAUUCAGAGUUGAUGACUUGCAAAAGCCUAUUGAUAAACCUGAGAACAUAAACUGGGAAAGUUAUGCAAGAGGCGCUGUUUAUGCACUGCAGAAUAGUGGAUAUGAUCUAAGGAAGGGUAUCAUAGGAUAUAUUUCUGGUGUGAAAGGUCUUGAUAGUUCAGGGCUCAGUUCUUCUGCGGCGGUUGGCAUCGCCUACUUGCUGGCUUUAGAACAUGUAAAUGAUCUGGUUAUAUCACCAGUGGACAACAUUCAGUUAGACAAGUACAUUGAAAAUAAAUACUUGGGUCUCAAAAAUGGCAUUCUAGAUCCAUCUGCCAUUUUGCUUUCACGGUAUGGCUAUCUCACCUUCAUGGACUGCAAGACUGCUUCACCUUCCUACGUCUGCUUCUCGGAGCUGAGUAAAAGCCAACAGCCUCAGGGACAGCUACCAUUCAAGAUUUUAUUGGCAUUUUCAGGACUGCAACAUAAUCUGCCAAAGAAGAGUGGGUAUAAUAUGCGGGUUUUUGAGUGCAAAGAGGCUGCCCGUGCUCUUUUGCAUGCUUCAGGCUGCGAAGAUACACCAAAUAUACUUUGCAAUGUUGAUCCAGUUGUAUAUGAGGCCCAGAAGUGUGUAUUAGAAGAAAAUCUUUCCAGGAGAGCUGAGCACUACUUUUCUGAAAUGAAGCGGGUUACUAAGGGCAGGGAUGCAUGGGGUCGUGGGAACCUACAAGAACUUGGACAGCUGAUCUCUGCAUCUGGUCGCAGCUCCAUACUCAACUACGAAUGUGGGAGCAAAGAGAUGAUCCAGCUGUACGAGAUCCUGCUCAAGGCCCCCGGCGUCCUCGGCGCCCGGUUCAGCGGCGCCGGCUUCAGGGGCUGCUGCCUGGCGAUCGUGGAGAGCGAGCGCGCGGAGGAUGCGGCCGCGUACGUCCGUGCCGAGUACGAGAAGGCCCAGCCCGAGCUGGUCUCCAGGAUCCCCGCGGAUCGCCGCGUGCUGGUCUGCGAGCCCGGGGACUCCGCGCGCGUCAUAUUGCCCGAUCCUCACCUGCGCUCCUGAUCGAUGGCAAUAAGCGUGGCAUUGGCCGGUUCGUUUGUGGCGGCCCUGUUUCCGCUGCGUGAAGCCAGAAAAGCGAGCGAGCUCGGGGACGCGUCACGCAAUCCAAAUCUCGCUUUUUUCGCAGGCAAUGGUAGAGCUGAGACGCGAAGCGUUUGGUUUUAGCUUAAACGUAGCAGUAAGUUGUAUUGAGUAAAAAGAAGUGGAACUAGUCCAGUAGUCUUUGCCGCUGCGCUUGGUCCUUGCCGUUGCGCUUGGAACUCGAUCUACUGGAUUAGUACUCUCCGUCCAGUUUGUAAGGCAUUUCAAUUCACGUAUGAGAAAUUAAAUUUUGUAAACUUUGAUCAAUGGUUUGGUUGACAGCUCUUAACUAACUAUUGUAAUACAAACGCAAUACCAAUAGCGUAA